AUGCAGGAUGCCUCUGCGUUUCGUGUCCUCCUAUUCGGCGCUUGUGUCGCUAAUUCCAAUGACUCUUUGGACCUCCACAACGAAGCUAAUACGCAGGGAUUCGUCUACGCGGCGGCACUCGAGAGCGAACGCUCCAUGCGUUCCGGGGGUUCACAGGUGUUUCUCUCGGGCCGUGUCCAGUACCUUAUGUAUAAUGGAGAGCGUCACCUUCCAACCGUGGAAGAGUGGGUCAAGGACGCCCUAACGAGGCUGAGGUGCAGUCCCGCUUUGACAGGCACUGGCUCUCCUUCCGUCGGUACCGAGAUGGGUCUAAUCACGCCCCCCGCGCUGUUUCGCUACACCGACACGCCUGCCCUAGUGCGGAAUAUAAACACGGCUCUCCGCGAUCAUCGUCUGGGUAGGACUCUGCCGCCGGAGGUCAAGAUCUUGGACGAGCGCUUGGUGAUGGUUCCGGGCGACAUGAAGGUUGUAUUGGAAAAAUUUGGACCGGGGUGA